AUGUUAUGUCUCUCAAUUUUGACUGUGUUGCUUACCACACUUUGUGUAGUCAAUUCUGGUCCUACAUCGAGUGAUCUGGAUUCUGAUGUCACAAUUAUCAUCCAUGACGACCUUCAAGGAAAACAAAGUAACCACAAAGAUUCAGGAGUGCUACUUCUCUCAGCAACCUCGUCCCGGGAUGCAGAAUCAGCAUGUAUAGCGCUUGGGGAACAAUUGUGGGCUCCUGAUCUUAAAACAGGUUUCUUUCCAAUCAAUCUAAAUUAUCUGGUAUACCAAGAGCAAUAUGACGUUGAUCAGGACUAUUUCAUCUCCUCAACUUCAGAUGGUCUGCGUACAAUCACUGGCAAGGGCAAAGUCAAGAGAUUUUCUGGUAGCUCGAAGUUACCGGUUCUGUGUACACAAACUGCACCGUUCUCGAACGCAACAUACAAGGACAGCAGCGAAAAAUGGCAGGUAUCCGUGAAAUCAAGCAGUUCGCUUGUCACAGGCUUCCGAGACCGGGUCACUUUUAAAUUUCUCGGAAUAAGAUUCGCUGCACAGCCUAAGCGCUUCACAUACUCAACGGCUUUCAGAACAACAGAGAAACAGCAACCAGCACUGGAAUAUGGGCCGAGUUGUGUAUAUCCUAAGAAAGAAGGUGGCUCGGAAGAUUGUCUGUUCCUCAAUAUCUGGACACCUUACCUUCCUCUAUCCAGAAGAAAGAACACCAAAAAACUCAAGCCCGUUCUGUUUCAUAUCCACGGGGGAGGAGGUAGUGGCAGUGAUACAGGAAUAGAUGGCACCAGCUUAGCAUCUCGUGGGGAUGUCGUAGCUGUCACCUUCAACUACAGAGGGGGCAGCUUCGUAAAUCUUGCGCUGAAUGACGGAAUCACGAAUGGGAACUGGGGAUUUAGUGACCAAAUUGCUGCUCUCGAUUGGGUUCGAACAAAUAUUCGAGAUUUUGGAGGAGAUCCAGAACGGAUAACCAUCACUGGACAAUCAUAUGGAGCGAUUUGUGCCACAAGCAUGCUCGGCUCUCCCAAAGCCGCCGGAAAGUUCGUUGGGCUGAUUGCUCAAAGCUAUACAUCUGGUCCGCUCUUUGGUCUUUCGUAUGCCAAUUACUACGAUGUUGCAGCCGUGGCUGAGAAAUUCACCUCAGCAGUCCUCGUAGAAGCCAAUUGUACUGGAGAUGGAGACAAAAGAGUGCAGCUUGAAUGUCUGCGAGCACUACCAGCCAGCAAACUUGCAAGUCUCGCUGCACAAGUCAACGUUUUCACUAAAGACGGAGCAUAUCUGACGACAGAUCGGCUCAUGCUCGAUGGUUCAGCACCUGUUGCCAAAGUCAACGUCAUGAUGGGUACAGUUCGAGACGACUCAGCUUCAUUCACACCUUACCCCACAAAUGGAGAUCUGAAAACAAAUCUCAUCAACGGUGGCUUCGCAACACAAGCUGAUGCAGUGAUAUCCUCCGACAAAUUCCCCUUGCCUUCAGGCUCAGACCCCUUGCUAAAUCUCUUUAACGUCACAGCACGCGUGUCGACAGAUGUAACAUUCGGCUGUCUUGAUGCAGCUACCAUGUACGCCGGCGUGCAAAACAGACUUUUCAAUCACCCGAAUGUAUACUUCUACGAAUUCAACAGGUCAUACCAGCCCCCUCUCUGGAUUACGGCGAAUAAUGUCUGUAGCCCACCAUCGACUUCAGGAAAACCACUUGGCGAUCUACGCAAGGAGUACUUUAAAUGUCAUUCUGCAGACAUAUUUUACACCUUCGGUACCAUAACGAGAAAUGGCUUGCCGUGUCGGGACGAGGAUGACCUGAAGUUCGAGCAAUUCACUGUGGACUCAUGGACAAGCUUUGUAAGGACUGGGAAUCCGAAUCCGGAUCUGAAAUUCUUGAAGGCCAGGGGGUUUGAGACCACCAUGGAAGAAAUCAAAAGAGCUGGUGUUUGGCAACCAGUUAAGGGAAGAGUAAAGGAUUUGGAAAUGAGGAGAUUACAGUGGCCGAGCUAUCAGACAGUGUAUGGUGAAGUAGAGCAAUGCGAGGUCUUGGGGUUGCCAGUCGACAGCUAUGUGUAG